AUGUUGACCUCCUGUGUUUCAGUACCUACGUCGCCAAUAUCCGGGGGUCUCUCCUUUCAUCAAAUCAAUUUAAUCGUAUCCGGUUCAUGUGCAGCAUUCUCCACAAUCAUGCUUUUCACGCUCAUGUUCCGACAUGCAACAAACUUGAGCAAGCCUCAAGAACAGGCCAACAUCAUGAGAAUAUGUCUUUUCAUACCUAUAUACGCCGUUGGUAGUUUCAUCGAAGUCUGCGUGCCAGUAUCAUACGUCUACUUGCAUUCCUGGUUGGGAGUUGCGCAGGCAUUUGCACUGGCGAAUUUCUUCAUUCUUCUUUGUCGCUUCGUGUCUUUGGAAACCAAUACACGUAGAAGCGUCUUUCUUGCCCCCAUGAAGCGGUUGCAGGAGAAGACGGGCAGCACCACAGCCAAAGCCGUCAGUGCAUAUCGCAAGACUUGGAUCCUCGUCUUCCAGUACCCCCUCAUCGCAAUACUAAUUGCUAUCUUCGCCGACAUUAGUGAGGGUGCGGAUAGAUACUGUUAUGGCAGCCAUAAAGCGUACUUCGCCUCAUUAUGGUUGGAAAUCAUAGAAAAGGCCAGUAUGAUAUUGGCUGUUAUUGCCGUUUUAAGAACAUACGCAAAAUUGAAAGUUGAGCUGCGGCCGCACCGAGCGCUUCAGAAGCUCCUCGCGUUCAAAUUGCUGAUUGGAUUGCAGUUCAUUCAGCAGAUCAUCUACAUGGUUCUGACUCGUGCCAGUCCUUCACCACUAGAGCCAAGCGACACGCUCAGCUACACAGAUCUAGAGAUCGGAAUUCCGACUCUGCUUGUCAGCUGCGAGCUCGUGGUUUUCUCCGUCUUCUUUCAUUUCGCAUACAGCGUAACACCGUAUCAGUUGUCGUCAUACUCGCACAAGCCUUUGUCAGAUUUCACAAAUAGCGAGCAACAAUCAGGAGGCGAUGAAUGUUAUCAUGGCGGCCCAUUCGGAACUCGAGCGUGGAUAUCAAUGCUCAACCCUGCAGAGCUCAUCGCAGCAGUACUAUUCGGGUUCAAGAUGCAAAAAGAAGUGGACAUUUCGAGACGAGGAAUUUAUCAGGCGAUGCCCCUAAAUACGCAUUCAACAUCGUAGGGCCAGAGUGCACUGGCUUGUCGACAGAAAGGAACUGAAAAUCUCCAUAUUACCUACUUGAGUUCGAUAGUAUAAAGACUCUGGAAAUUCUCCAGAUUGGACAUGCAUGAACUUGUCAUGCUCCUCUAAGAAGUCUAAAGGACAUUGAUUCGAUGGAGACAGUCAUUAUUUUUUGGUUUGGACUCUCUAUCCAAUGGUAAACCCACGGUCAUGGAGCAGU